AUGUCAGUGCACCCGGAUAGGUUGUUCAGCAAGGAGUUUUUCCGGAAAAUGGUCUGGAAGUAUAACUUCAGCCAUCUUAUAGACAUCGAUGCGUACCACCAGAUAUUCGACAAGGCAAAAUUGAAGAAAAUGUACAAAGAGCCAGAGAAACUUAAUGUUCUCCACUUGUACUCUCCCCAGGGUGCCUUGCCUUCCGCUCUCCAGUCGUAUUUGCACCCAAGAAACCAGAUUGUAAUGGAUCCAUUCCCAAAAUGUCGAGCGUUCUACCAGAAGCACCUAUUCCCUUUGGUCAAAAAGUACAAUGAAAAAGUCGAUGACGCUCAUAGGUACAACCUCAAGAUCUGUGUGGAGAACCCUUACAAAUGGGAGUCAUACCACAACUUCUUUAAUAAGGAAUCUUUCAUUCCAGAAGAACAGUCCGACGACCAUAUCCAUACCAACUUUUUGGUGACUUGCAAUUAUACCAACAGUUUUGGUGAACAGCUUGCCGUACAACACUUGAAUACUUUUGGUAAUAGGAACUGGAUCCAAAAAUACGGUAGAGUGCGGAUGCUCCUGUUGUUGGACCCUGCUUCGGCUGGUAAGUUUUUUGGGUACCAAAGGGGGAAAAUAUUGAGAAACCGGAUGACCGUUCAAGCCCAGGCUUAUGCGGAUGCUAAGCUUCUUGCAGUGUCACGAAAUGGUUUGAGCCACUUUCCUGAAGAGUUUAUCGAAAAAAGUAAUCCAGUGAUUCUCGAAAAGGACCAGUUUCUCAGUGCUUCUGAUUCGAUGGCGGUGGUGGACUUCCAACCAAAGAAAGUGCCAACUGAUGUUAAUUUGGACGAGUUUGACUACAUCACCAAGACUUUGCUUGUGACAAAGAUUCCGUUGAAAGAAAGUAUAGAUCUUUUGGGGUUUGGAGCCUCCGAAUUUUUCUUGAACGAGCCUGAUUUCAAGCCGUUCAUGGACAAGAGUGCCCGUGAUUUGAGUGCCGAGGAAUUUUUUAAGCUUACGAAGUUGUUUGGAUACUGGCCUUUCAGACCAGAUGUGAUGUUAACCUUUGAAGAUAUUGGGGGGAGAAUUGAAGACACACACAACAGAAGAUGA